CCGACUUUUGAAGCCGAAGUGGCGGGCAGAAGCACAUCCACACGCAGUGCCCGCUCCGGAUGGAUCCGAGCAGGGCUGAUGGAUAUGACGCUGGGCUGGAGCUGAACACACGGAGGGAGUGAGGAGGCGGCAGAAGAAGACGAAGAAGACCCAAAUCCCACCAAGCGUCCCCGGUGCGUGUGUUUGUGCGUGUGCGUGUUUUCUUGGUUGCUGACGUGUGCGCACGACUCUGGUGGCAGGAUGAGUUCGUGCAGUAGCCGCGCGUUGACCAUCCUGUCCACAGUGUUCGGGGCCUGCGGGUUGCUGCUGGUGGGGGUGGCCGUGUCCACCGACUACUGGCUCAUCAUGGUGGAGGGCGUUAUCCUGCAGCACAACCAGAGCAUGGAGGUCAAGAUGGCUCUGCAUUCAGGCCUCUGGAGGGUCUGCUUCGUUGCCGGGGCUGAAAACGGGAGAUGUGUUGCAUCGGAGUACUUCACCGAACCUGACAUAGAGAUCACCACUGAAAACACUGCGAACAUCCUCAAGAUGGUGCGGACAGCGACACCGUUCCCGAUGGUGUCGCUGCUCUUCGUCUUCACCGCCUUCGUCAUCAGCAACAUCGGACACAUCCAGCCUCAACGCACCAUCCUCGCCUUUGUCUCCGGAAUCUUCUUCAUCCUCUCAGGCCUGAGCUUGGUGGUGGGCCUGGUGCUCUACAUCUCCAGCAUCAACGACGAGGUGAUGAACAGGCCCAGAGAACCCGAGCAGUUCUUCAACUACCACUACGGAUGGUCUUUCGCCUUCGCAGCCUCCUCUUUCCUGCUCAAAGAGGGCGCAGGGGUGCUGUCGGUGUAUCUGUUCAUGAAGCGCUACGCAGAGGAGGAGAUGUACCGUCCCCACCCGGCUCUCUACCGCCCCCGCUUGUCCGACAGCAGCGACUACAGCGGCCAGUUCCUCCACCCGGAAUCCUCCUGGCCUCCGCCCAAGCGAGGGCGCAGCACGUCCGAAGCUUCCAGCGACAUCUCCAUCCAGCUCAACCAGCCGCCGCCUCCCCCGCCCAAAAGCGGCGCCCAGAAGGGGGGCCAUGUUAACCCACCGUCCGGGUGCUCUUCCGGAGGGAGCUACCCCAAUCCCCCGUCCUCUUCUGCUGGGUACCCCACACACAGCCUGCCCAGGUCACACUCGCCGCAUCCCCAAGGCCAGCCGAUGUCUAUGGCUGUGCCACCUCCUCCUGUGCCGCCCCCUCACUACCACACGCACAUGCACAUGAGCGCCUCCCCCUGUUAGGAAAAGACUUUGCCUCCUUUUCGACAUGUACAUUUAGAGGGCAAACGUCCAACCUGGAUUAAAAGAAGUCCGGCAUACAGUGCAUGUCAGGAUAUAAGAUGAAUCAAGUUGUGCGGAAAGCAUUCGAAUUAUCACGUUAUUAGUGGGGAAAAGCAUUUCCUGGAAGCGGCGAUGACAAGCAAGCGAUCACCUGACUGAGGACGCAGAAACUUUUAUACGUAGCGAUUUCACAACAAAAAAGUGGACGACGUGUGUACCUUUCUACAAAAUUGGAAUGUGAUUUAAUAUACUCAAAAUUUCGUACAUUAUCAGUCACACUUUCAAAGCGGUGUGUUAUAUACUAGGAUUAUUUUGACAGUUAGUCAACAAUAUGGUACAGUAGUUGGUGAAUAUUGUAUGUGAAUGUUGUCACCGUUUUUAAAAGAAAUGCAAGUGGACGACGGUCCUAAAUAUCAUGAACAUUAUGUUUUGUAUAUUUGUCUAAGUUAUUGUACGUAAAGGUUGAACACUGGAAUACAUGUACUAUAGAUAAUAUUGAGCUUUUACACAUGGAAAAAAUGUAAGGGGUGCUGAAGAUUUUGCCUAGAGACUUUGCAAUAGGCUGGUGGUGACAUCAUCAACAUUCUUUCAGUGCAGUACAACAUCAUAGACUAAAUCCCUUCUCUCCCCCAGACAGAUUUAUAUCCCAGUCGUGGUUUAUUAUAUAUAUAGUUUAUACUUAUUUGAAGGUCCACGCACUAAAUGCUGAAACUGACCCUCUACUGGCACUGGCCCUGGACCUGUUUCGUAGACCUACAGGUACUUCCUUUUUGCGUGCUCACUGCAGCAAACCGAUAUUGCAAAAAAUAUUUAAAGACUUAUUUCAUGAAUUAGAUCAAUUUAAAUAACUUUUCAAUGUGUAACAUAUUAUCAUUCAAACUAAAGCAUACUUGCAAAAUGGGGAUUGGACAACAUUGUCAGCAAAACCUAGUAGAAAAUUGUACAAAUAUGUUUUCCUCUGCGUAUAUUCUAAUAACAAACCCCAACAUGGCAUUUUCAAUGUUGGUCAUGUUGGUCAUUUCUAUUUUUAUAAUUCUGGGUGUCCUUGGUUUACGAGGUUACGAACAGCGUUCAAUGAACGACUGUGGUUUGUUGGGGUGCAAAUUCCACAUCCAGUUUGUUUGCUAGCAAAUCACUCGUAUUUGUGAAUUGUGCAAGAAAAUACUGGUUGAAAAAAGCGGAGAAAUCUAUGAAGCAUAGCAAAACAAAAACAACCCAAACAGUUUUCCUUUCAGUUUUCACUAACUCAACAUUUUUUGUGUCUCUGAUUAACCUCAUUUAGGAACCUGGUAAAUGAAAUGUUUUUAACAACAACAACAGAAAAACACACCUAACACCCCCCCCCCCCCCCCCCC